AGAAAGCGGCUUGCGCUCCAGUGAGUAGUACACGCUGGGCUCCUGCAGCAGUGAUGAACAUGUCAGAUGUGAACUGGACGUUAGACUCAGGGUCUAAUUUGACCUUUCUGCCGUAUUACCUGCACUCCUCUGCGAUGGCCAUGAGCUACAUCCUAUCCUAUCUGCUGGUGCUGCUGCUGUGUGUGUGUGGUAAUGGUCUGGUGUGUGUGGUGGUGCUGCGGAACCGCAACAUGCGCUCCGUCACCAACCUCUUUAUCCUCAACCUGGCCGUCAGCGACCUGCUGGUGGGGGUGGUAUGUGUGCCCACCACACUGAUCGACAGCCUCAUAUCAGGUUGGCCCUUUAGUCAGACCACCUGCACCCUCAGUAACCUCAUCCAGGGCAUGUCUGUGUCUGCAUCGGUCUUUACACUUGUCGCCAUAGCGGUGGACAGAUAUACAGGCAUUGUGUACCCGUUUCGUCACCGUAUGCGGCCAAUCACGGCUCUCUUUGCCAUCUUCUUCAUUUGGCUCCUAGCUUUCGCCAUCAUCUUCCCCUCGGCUGCCACGCUGACCGUCAUCCACCUUGAUGACACCUACAUGGUUCAGGACAAUCAGACAUACCCGCUAUUUGUUUGUUACGAGGAUUGGCCCCAAGCUGACAUGAGACGGAUCUACACCACUGUAAUCUUUGUCCACGUUUACCUAGCACCACUGGCGCUAAUUAGCAUCAUGUACGGCUGCAUCGCCGCUAAGCUCUCAGGAAACCUGCGGCACCACAGAGGUUCCGAGGCCCGCAGGGGGCGCUCCAGGCGCAGGGUUAAGGUCAUCAAGAUGCUAAUCAUGGUGGCCACCUUGUUCAUGGUGUCAUGGCUGCCACUGUGGACGCUAAUGCUGUUAACAGACUACCAGGAUCUGAACAGACAGCAGAUUGACUUCCUCAGCAGCUACCUGUUCCCCGUGGCCCACUGGUUAGCCUUCUUCAACAGCGGCAUCAAUCCCAUCAUCUAUGGCUUCUUCAACGAGAAUUUUCGACGAGGUUUCCAGGCUGCAGUGGCCUGCCGGUCCUGCGACUUGCCACCAGUCACCAUGUUCACCAGGCGUUUUGUGUUGCUACCAGCUAACAAGGUAUCCGUCGGGAACGGAGAAGCGAACAGAGGAAAGAAAGAGCUAAGAGGAACUCAGGUUCAGGGCAUUCUUCUGGAGGACUUGGACAGGCUAACUGGAGUCAAACAGAUGAAUGGAGCCUGGACGGAGUGAAUAUUCAUAACUCCACUAUAUAUACAGUUGUCACCCUUACCACAAAUGUACUUAAUCAUCCAAGAUGUUUGCAGAACAUUCAUGUUCAGUUUUGUAGUGGAAUUACGAAAGAUUAUUUGCACCAACUAGCAUUGUGCUAUCUGUGGCUACUCAUCACAACCGUGUGGAGUUGUUAAGUAGUUUCUGUUUGCUUAUGUAGUUUCUGACACUGAAUGGCAUCAUGUGGUGGAAGUAAGGGCAAAAAUGUGUUGCAUAGCUAAAACUGUGGUAGCAACCAUCGCUGUUGUAUACAUAUGGAUAACCAAUUUACAGCUAAAUUAGCUAUUAUAAUGUCUUGCUAGGUAGCUAUGUCAUAGUUUUUUAACUCAUGUGGAUGAUCAUCAAUAAACUAUUGAGUAUUUUCAAUGGAAUUAAGGCAGUGAAGUAGUAUAAAGGUUAGCCCAAUAGUGUAAGCUAAUGCGUAAGCUAAUGUAAGCUAAUGAAAGACAGCUAGCAAGGCAGAUAAUGUUAGUGUGCAUCUAGUAAUCUAUAUUCUAUAUAGUAAUGUUUAUUCCACACUGAAUCAAAUCCAUUAUGCUUGUGUUGUAGCUGGGUCAUUCUCCAUUUGGAGAGGGAAUUCAGGUGGAUACAUUUUUGAAAAAUCAAUUUUUUUCAUCCCAAAACUAACUAAUCUUAAUGUGUCCAUUAACAUCUCCUACUGUCAUAUUUGCAAAAAGCAGAGCAUAAUUGUAAACACAUCACUGGUGUUAUGUUAAUAUGGUGUAACACCAGUGACUAUGGCUCCAGGGACAUUCUGGUUAAAACUGAGGGUUUUGUAAAUUGUAAAUUGACUGACUCAUUGGUGGUUAGGUGACCACAUAACACCAGUGACACAUAGACAUUAUGUGCUGCCUGAUAAACAUUAUUAAAAAAUUAAUAAUAAUAUAAUAAUAAUAUAUUGAGCAAGUGUGGACUCACACACAUGCCUUGAGAU